AAAUCUGUGGCUCUUGUGUGGCAAACUGACCCGUCUUCUUCUGAGGACAAGGAAGCUACCGCAAUGAGAGCAAACGCUACCAAAUUUCCGGCGAUCUGCUCAACAUCGGUUUCGUCUCUUCAGCCGCCGUCUGCUGCCGGAGUUGGCUUCCUCGUUCUAAAAUCUGUCCGAUUGACUUCCUCCUUUAAGACGACCAUGAUUGCCCGAGCUUCCGACCCCAAAACUGACCAAGCAAAUCCCAGCACUGAUGAACCUGGCCUUCCUUUCCUACCGCAGGAGGAUUCCAACUUUUUGGUGAAACUGGGAGUGGGUUCAGUGGCGGGAGGAGCAGCGAUUAAGUACGGAAGUGUCAUUUUCCCAGAGAUAACAACACCAAACAUUUCAUUAGCUCUAUUUAUGAUAUCAGCUCCGAUGACAGUUGCGGUGGUGCUCUUAUUUUUACAAAGCCGUGCAGAUUCAAAUUCUGCGUGAACAAGCUCUGUAGAAAAAUCUUCUUUUUGCUCUACAAUUUGUACCAAUUGAUUUAUAUAUACUCUUCAAAAUCAUCAUAAAUGAAGUUGCUGAGAUAUUAUUUUGUU